AUGACUAAACACACUCCGGACUCUCUCCGCUCCCGCGUCUCUUCGCUCUCCCUCCGCCUCCAAGCAAUGGAGACCGCCGAAGCUCUCUCGCGCUCCCAGUCCCCGGCGCCCUCCAUGUCCGCUUCGAUCUCGAUGCCGUCCUCGUCUGCGCCGGUCACGGCCUCGAAGCCCUUCCUCCUCGCCGACAUGAACGGCCGCUCGCCCGCCCAGAACCCCGUUUGCGAGUCAUGCUGGAAUAGCCUCCGCUACAGUGAGGUCAAGCAGACCACCCGAGCUGCCCAUCCCUCCGCAUGCAAGCUCUGCGCCGUCGCCGCCGGCAAGCCCGAGGCUUAUACCCAGCCCUUUGUUGACUUCCUCUCCGAGAACCCUACAAUCUUCCACGCCGUCUCCUACUUCAAGGACAAGCUCGCCGCUGCCGGCUUCACUGAGCUUCCCGCGCGUGAGAGCUGGGCCGACAAGCUGCAGCCCGGCGGCAAGUACUGGACCACCCGCAACGGCUCUGCUCUCAUCGCCUUCACCGUCGGUAAGGCCUAUAAGCCCGGUAACGGCGUUGCCAUAGUCGCCGGCCACAUCGACGCCCUCACCGCCAAGCUCAAGCCCGUGAGCUCCAAGCCCACCCGCGCCGGCUACCUCCAGCUCGGCGUCGCCCCUUAUGCCGGCGCCCUCAACCAGACCUGGUGGGACCGCGACCUGUCCAUCGGCGGCCGCGUCGUCGUGCGCGACGAGUCCUCCCACAAGACCACCACGAAGCUCGUGCGCCUCGACUGGCCCAUUGCCCGCAUCCCGACCCUGGCGCCGCACUUUGGUGUCGGCAUGAUGGGCCAGAACAACCCCGAGACCCAAGCCGUGCCCAUCAUCGGCCUUGAGUCCACCGACUCCUCUUCGACCCCCGUCGAGCCCCUCGGCCCCAAGGGCGCCUUCGUCAACACCCAACCCCCGAAGCUCGUCAAGCUCAUCUCCAAGGAGCUCGGACUCGCUUCGCCGACCCAGAUUCUCAACUGGGAGCUCGAGCUGUACGACUCCCAGCCCGCGCAGACUGGUGGUCUUGACCGCGAGUUCAUCUUUGGCGGCCGCAUCGACGACAAGCUCUGCUCUUGGGCCGCCCUUACCGGCCUCCUCGCUGCGGAGUCUGACCCCUCUGACGGCGUCAUCAAGCUCGUCGCUCUGUUCGACGACGAGGAGAUCGGCUCCCUCCUCCGCCAGGGCGCUCGCGGCAACUUCCUGCCGCUGACGAUUGAGCGCGCCGUCGAGUCCCUCAGCGGCGCCGCCGAUGUUGCCUUCGGUACUGACGUGCUCUGCCGCACCUUUGCCUCGUCCUUCCUGCUCUCGGCCGACGUGACGCACGCCGGCAACCCCAACUUCCUGGGCUACUACCUCGACGAGCACGUGCCGCGCCUCAACGUGGGCAUCGCCAUCUGCGGCGACAGCAACGGUCACAUGACAACAGACGCCGUAUCGACGGCCAUCCUGCAGCGCGUCGGCGAGCUCAGCGGCGCACCGACCCAGACAUUCCAGAUCCGCAACGACACCCGCAGCGGCGGCACCGUGGGCCCCAUGCUCAGCGCCGCUAUGGGCGUCAGAGCUGCCGACGCCGGCCUGCCUCAGCUUAGCAUGCACUCGAUCCGCGCCACGACGGGCGCGCUGGACCCCGGCUUGGGUGUCAAGUUCUUCAAGGGCUUCCUGGACCACUGGGAGAAGGUUGACGGCGAGUGGCACUAA